AUGCCACCACGAAGAUCUCAUACCAAGUCUCGUACGGGCUGUCAGCAAUGCAAGUCUCGACGAAAGAAGUGUGAUGAGACUGGCCCUCCCUGUACAAACUGCAUUUCUCGAAACUUGGAUUGCAAAUAUCAGGAUAAUGGCUUUCAAAAUUCUGAUUGGAGCGAUCGAUCUCGGGAAAUUGGACAAACGCAGGACGAAAAUCCAACACAAUCUGGACGACUACUCGGUCUAAAUACCACCAGCCGAAUGAAAGAGCUAGGGCUAAUGCACCACUGGUGCCUGAAAACAUGCCACUGCUUUUCUCCCGAGAUGAGCCAUAUUUUCCAAGACUACGCUGUAAAAUUGGGAAUGAGUCACGAAUUCUUGAUAGAUUCACUAUUUGCAUUUACAUGCUUGCAUAUUGCAGCCGAAAGGACCGAAUUCGAUUCAAAUUCUGCGUCGCUUAUCGAUGAUGCGCUCAAAUACCAAGAAAAAGCUCUGCCUGCUUUUCGGACAAAGCUGGAGCAUAUCUCAUCCUCAAACUGUGAAGCACUUCUUCUGUGCUCUAUGAUCAUGAUGGCUUUUGCAGCUGUGUCUCCAUUUUUCGAUACUUCCGACGGCGAACCAAACGGAAACCCAGAAACUGAUCACACAAGCCUUACUUCAAUUUUCUCCUUUGUGAAGGGAAUCCACUCUGUGAUUGAAUGUGCCCAGCCCUGGCUUGAUAAAAGUCCCUUAAAGCCCAUGAUUCAACUUUAUCCCAAGGAAUACUGGACCACGUCUCCCCCAGUAGGUAGCAUUAUCCCACCUGAACUGAGAAGAUUGUGCGAUCAUACAAGCUUGCAGUUGCAGGAAACUUAUACCAGAGCCAUUCUAAUGCUGGAAAAUUGCUCUGCAAGAGAUGGAAAAAUGGCUCUUGCUUGGGUUGUUGAGGUCGGUGAAGCGUUUGUUAGCCUAGUACGAGAGAAAGAGCCUGUUGCCUUGUUGAUAUACAUUUGCUGGGGUGCAGUUAUUGGCUGCUCGAAGGAUUCGUGGUGGGCAAGAUUGGCCGGAGAGACGGUUGUAAAAAGGUUAGCUUCUUUGGUCUCUAUUGAAAAUGAAGAGGCAAGCGUUAUUUUGAACUGGGCAUAUGAGAGGAUAGCUUCCGGAAGGUCCUAA